AUGCUCAACGUAGCCACCAUCGCCUCCAUGGCCGUCCUCUCGCCUCUCGCCUCGAGCAUGUUCACGCCCGGAAUCGACCAAAUCGCAAAAGGAUUACACACGUCCACCAAUUCCGUCAUAGCCUGCUCGACGGGGUUUGUGGUAAUGUUGGGGAUCGGACCUCUCGUACACGCACCACUCAGCGAGACGGUGGGGAGACGAAGGAUGUAUUUGUCGUGUUUUGGAAUUUUUACCGUGUUGCAAAUUCCGUCGGCGUUGGCGCCGAAUGUGGAGACGUUGAUUGUCAUGAGGACGCUCGCGGGGUUUUUUGGUUCCGUGUCGAUUGCGAAUGGUGGAGGGAGUUUGUCGGAUAUGUUUGAGGCGAAUCAACGGGCGGGGAUUUUUGGUUGGUAUCUUUUGGGUCCUCUGAUGGGUCCUCUGAUGGGUCCGUUGUUUGGAGGAGUGAUUGUGCAAAGGUUGGAUUGGAGAUGGAUUUUUUGGAUUCUCUCCAUCGUGUGCUGUAUGAGCACGGCGAGUGCGUUUUUCUUCUUGCGAGAAACUUAUGCGUCCAUGAUUCUCUCGGCGCGCAAAAGACGGUUGGAAAAAUUGAACUGCACUCCUCACAAAUACCGUUUUGAAGGCGAAGAUUCUCGAUCCCUCUUCCUCAAACUCCGCUCCUCCCUCACGCGACCUCUUCGAAUUCUCAUCCAACCCAUCGUCCUCACCAUGUCCACCUAUCAAGCCAUUCUCUUCGCAACCACCUACUCUCUCUACACCAAUUUCCAACCCAUCUACCAAGGAAUCUACCACUUCAGCACCGAACAAGUCGGUCUCGCCUACCUCGGUCCCGGGCUCGGUUUUCUCUUCUGCGUCUGGUUCAUCGUGCCUCGAAUCGACACCGUCUACAAUGCUCUGACCGCCUCCCGCACCAAAUCCGGCACACACGGCGUGCCCGAAUUUCGUCUCCCGUUGGCAAAUAUCGGAAGUGUAUUCAUUCCGGCUUCGCUCUUCAUGUUCGCGUGGUCGGUCGCUGACCAUCGUCCGUGGAUACUCAGUAUGGUCGCUGCUUUCUUUUACGGAAUCGGUCAAGUCAUCAUUUUGAAUUCCACCACGAAUUACUACAUUGACUGUUUUGAAAAAUACGCGGCGUCGGCGAUUGCUGCGGGAGCGCUGUUUCGGUCCGUCGUGGGGGGGAUUGUGCCCUUGUUUGCGCCUGCGCUGUUUGAGCGGCUGGGGUAUGGAUGGGGGAUUAGUGUGUUUGGAUUUUUGGCAUUGGCGAUUGCGCCGGCUCCGUUGGCCUUUUAUUACUAUGGGGGUCGGGUGAGAGAGAGGUUUCGGAUAGAGCUGUAGGUUGUCUUGUCUUUGUGUUUACGUAUUCUGCAUGGCAUUUUCAGGAGCUACAGUGCUGGCAUACCGGAGUCAUAU